AUGCGGCGUCGUUUCCGGCCUCGCUCCCCUGCUUCCUUAGUUAGGGCGAAGAAGCAGACAUACUCGCUCUCUCAUCUUCCUCACUCUCUCUUCCACCCCAGACUCCGGCGAUCUUCUCUCUUCGACAACGCCGAACAUCAGCCGCUCGCCGGCGCCGUCGUUAUUACCUAUCUCCCCAUCCUUAACCCCUUUUCCUUCCUUCCACUUCGUCCUCUUUUUCUUCAAUCUCGGUCACUCCAUAUUCUGGUGUUGCCUUACUUGGCUUCUGCUUUCCCCAUUCUAGCCGGGGGGGUUUAACUAGGGUUUUUAAUUUUUUGGUGAGUUCGGAUCGGAGCCUUCUACCCUUCUGUUUCUCUUUGAUUUUCGAUCUCAGUCCGGCAAAAAAAAUGGCGUCUCUCAUGGCGAUGCGCGGCUCGCGAGCGACGUCCUCCGUCAUCAAGGUACGGUUGUUACUUCCGCACCUCUCCCACUCUCCCUUCGGUAGAACCCUAACUGCGGCCAGAACCCUAAGCACUACUUCUUCGGCCGUUCCCAAUGAGUUCCACCACCGCCCACAACCGUCUCACUCCGAGCCUAGAGGUUUCCAUGGCGAGAGGCAUACUGAUCAGGUGCCUCGCUGGGAUAAUAGAGUUCCUCCGCCGCCUCCGCCGCCGCAGCAGUUCAAUUCGCCGCCGCAACAGCGAGGGCACGAUAACCAGUGGCACCAUCCUCAGCAGAACUCUCCGCAGCAGUUCAAUUCGCUGCCGCAGCGACAGCAAGGAAACCAUAACCAGUGGCACCACCCUCAGCAGAACACUCCGCCGCAGAUGGGCGGAGGGCAGGGGAAUUACCAGGGUAAUUUUCCAGAUCGAAGGCAGAAUUUGAAUCAGGGGUUUCCUAAUAGAGGGUAUCCUAAUCCAGAUCAGGGAUACCCUAAUCGUGGUUUCGAUCAGCAGCAGCAGCAGCAUCCGCCUCCUCAAGGGGGCCCUGGCCAUUGGAAUUCUCCAGGUGGUGGUCAGAGCGGUCCUCAGCAUCAUAAUGCCCCACAGGUGAACGGUAAUGUCCAGAACUAUGGGCAACGGGGAGUUCCGAAUCAGUGGAAUAACCAAGUCCAAGUGCAGCACCCUCGACCGGGAAAUUUCGUUGCUGAACCUGUUAAUUCUGAUCCAGUGCCUUCGUUAGCUGAUUUGUUGAAUUUGUGCGGUGAAGGGAAGGUCAAGGAAGCAGUCGAGUUGAUGGAUAAAGGCCUUAGAGCUGAUUACGCUUGCUUCGAUUCUCUAUUUAGGUUGUGUAGCAAACUCGAGGAUGCCAAGAAAGUGCAUGACUACCUUCUGCAAUCGACUUGCAGGGGUGAUCUGAUGUUGAACAAUAAGGUGAUUGAGAUGUAUGGCAGAUGCGAGAGUAUGACUGAUGCUCGUAGGGUGUUUGAUCACAUGCCGGAAAGAAACAUGGAUACCUGGCACUUGAUGAUCCAUGGUUAUGCAAACAACAACUUGGGGGAUGAAGGUUUGCAGCUGUUUGAGCAGAUGAGGAAGCUAGAUCUCAAACCCACGGAAGAAACGUUCCUCGCUGUUCUAUCAGCCUGUGGCAGUGCAGAUGCCGUGGAUGAGGCAUUCAUCCAUUUCAAGUUGAUGAAGAGCGAUUUUGGGAUCGAUCCACAAAUGAAACACUAUGUUGGAAUGAUUGACGUGCUUGGGAAAUGUGGGUUUCUCAACGAAAUCGAACAGUACAUUGAGAAACUGCCAUUUGAUCCCUCUGUGGAAAUCUGGGAGAAGUACAUGAACUAUGCUCGAAUCCACGGAGAUGUGGAUCUUGAAGAUCGCCUCGAAGAACUGAUUGUUUCCAUGGAUCCCUCUAAGGCAGUGGCUAAAAAGAUUCCUACGCCACCUCCAGUGAAGCGUACUGCAGUCAGCAUGCUGGAAGGGAAGAGUAGAAUAGCAGAGUACCGUUAUCCUGCUCUCUACAAGGAUGAUCCAAAACUCAAGGAAAUGUUGGAGUUGAAGAACUCGGGUUAUGUUCCAGACACCAGAUAUGUUCUCCAUGACAUUGAUCAAGAGGCAAAAGAGCAAGCUUUAUUGUACCAUAGUGAGAGGCUGGCGAUUGCUUAUGGACUGAUCAGCACUCCUGCGAGGACGACACUGAGGAUCAUAAAGAACCUCCGGAUAUGCGGCGACUGUCACAAUGCCAUCAAGAUUAUGUCCAGGAUUGUGGGGAGGGAGUUGAUCGUUAGGGAUAACAAGAGGUUUCAUCACUUCAGGGAUGGCAAGUGCUCUUGUGGAGAUUACUGGUGAGUGGUGAUUACUGAAACAAGAUUCCUGAGAACAUUGUAGUUACCUAGUUUAUUCACUUUGUUCUGUUUACUGGGACCUUGUUUAUAAAAUUGCUCGAGCUGC